AUGAAUACCCUUGUAUAUAAGGAUGAUCUUAAAAUGUUUGAGACUAAAUAUGGCCUUACAGGCCUUUCUAAAUUACUUGUUAAGGAAACAAGAAAAGGAGGUGUGUCAGUGCAAAACUAUGUUCCAUAUUUGUUGGCAUUCAACAAUGAUAGUACCCUCAAGGGAUGGCUUCAUCUGCAUGAGUCUGUGUUAGAAGGCCGCGGUGCCUUUGAUAAGGCUUUUGGUAUGAGUUUUUGGGACUACGUUGCAAAGAAUCCUGAAACAAACAAGACAUUCAACGAGGCCAUGUCUUGUGACAGUCGUGCUGUCAUGUCUAGUGUUGUGAAGAUUUAUGAGGAGGGAUUUAAGAAGAUAAAUUCUUUAGUCGAUGUUGGGGGAGGUUUGGGCUCUGCCUUGUCCAAUAUUGUGGAGAAUUACAAACACAUCAGAGGAAUUAAUUUUGACUUGCCUCAUGUCAUUGCUUCUGCACCUCCAGUCACUAGAGUACAACAUGUGAGUGGCAAUAUGUUUGAACAUAUUCCGUCAGCUGAUGCAAUCUUGAUGAAGUGGGUUUUGCACGAUUGGAAUGAUGAUGACUAUGUCAGAGUGUUGAAAAGGUGUUAUGAGGCUAUACCAAAAAAUGGAAAAGUCAUAAUCGUUGAUGCCCUUAUUGUUGAAGGGAAAAGAGAGGAAGAUAACAAAGAAGAACUUCAAAGGGGUGUGGGACUAGAAUUUGAUAUGGGAAUGAUGCUAUUUUGUACUGGUGGAAAGGAGCGAUCAAAGAUGGAAUUUAAACAAAUUAUUAGCAAAGCUGGUUUCAAAAGCUACACCAUCUUCAAAUUGCCAUCUAUUCAAACCAUUAUUGAAGUUUCCAAAAUCUAA